AUGGCCAACUCGCCAUACUCCUUUGAAAAAUGGCGCCAACACGUCGCAACAGACCCGUUGGAGGGACACGAGGUAUCCUCCCUCAACUACUCGGCAAGCGCAGAUUCAGCGGAGCCAUCCUUCUGCACAGGAACAGGGUUGAGUAUCCUGAGCGACUACAUCUGUCCAGAUAUUGAGACAGCGGAGCGGGAGGUCGUCUUCGUGACCUGUUUCUGGGCUACCAUGUCGAAAUCUCGACUACGACUAUGCGACGCCCUCCGUGCCCUGUCCGAAAAGGUCGUUCAGAAACGAGCAGACGCCCCCACGCACACUACUGCCAUUGAAAACAUCAAAGUCUACAUCUGUCUUUCGUCCGUCUCUCUUUUGCAGAAACUACGACACAUCAAAUCAACAGAUGGAUACGUCUACGACCCGACGGAGUGGAACAAGAAGCUCAAGCUUCCCGCCCCGGAUGAAAUCCCCGGACUAGAUUUAACCGUCAAAUCCAUCUUCAUUCGGCCGUUCUCCGUCAUGCAUCCGAAAUUCGUCAUUGUCGAUCGUAAAUUCGUCUGGGUACCUAGCUGCAACGUCAGUUGGGAGUCAUGGUACGAAGGCGCUUUUCGCCUGAAGGGCAGCAUCGUUGAGAAAUUCCAUAAAUUCUGGGCUGAGGUCUGGAACCCCGAGAUGCUGCGGAUACAUGGAGUGGUCGGAGAUGUAGCAUUUCCAGCUACGGCUGAUGUGAAUCUCCCACCACUCAAGGACCCAUCAACGAAACUCCCAGGUCGACUCUUCAAAUCGUUCGCCAACAUCCCCGCGGACCGGGAGAUACAGACGCUUUUCCUACCGUCAUCGCACCAUCAAAACCCGGCUUUCCGGCCAUGUAUGUGCCGCGCGCCAAGGCCAGAGCCACGCACGCCGCUGAAUGCGUUCACCAAGUUCCUGCUUGCGAAUGCGGAACGCGACAUAUACAUCACCACUCCAAACAUGACCGCGAACCCUGUGAUCCAGGGGUUGGUGAGAGCGCUGGAAUGGGGCAUCAAUGUCACUAUUAUUACGAACACGAACCUAAUGGUGACGGAGCAGCUAGCCACGUCAGGGACGACCACAGGGUGCUGCAUAAAAUCACUGGGCAAGCUCCAUAAACGCGUGUUGGGUGCAUGGGCGGCAAAGGCAACAGACGGCGGGGAAGAAAGCCCGGAUGUGAAGAAGCCGGGGAAACUGUCCAUUAGGGAGUGGAGGGCCGCGAGGAAGGGCCGGGAUAUUAGCGGCGAAACCGCAUUUGCCAAAUCGCAUUUGAAGCUCACGAUUGUCGAUGAGAAGGUGGUUCUCUUUGGCAGUGGAAAUAUGGAUCGUGCCAGCUGGUUUACGAGCCAGGAGGUUGGGGUUGCGCUAUACUCGGCAGAAGUGGCGAAGGAGAUUCUCCACGGGGUGCUGCUUCAAGAUAUUGAGAAAUAUACUAGAACUGUUUACGAGUCAUGA